AUGGCAGAAGAAGUGGAUAAUCCGACGCCGCUUAAAUUCGGUGCGGACAAGCGUUUUCGCGAGGCCAUUACAGAAAUGGCGCUUUCGCCCAGGCACGAUUUGAUUGCUCUCGCCACUGAGGGCUCGCAGGUGCUUCUCCAUCGCUAUGAAAAGUUGGAGCGUGUUUGGGUCUUCGAAAAGAUCGCUAGUUUCGACGAAAACAAAAUCUCCGCCCUUUGCUGGCGAGAUGAUGGUCACGUCCUCGCUGUAGCGUACUGGAUUGAUGGCAGUGAUGGCUUUUACAAACUUCUGGAUGUUCGUACAGGUCAGAGCCGCCCAAUAGACACUUUUCCGGACUUCGACUUGACAAUUCCAAGUCCGUGCAUUUCGAUGCACUGGUCCUUCUCCUCCCACGAAUGCAAAAUCGACGAACGAGUGCGAUUCUUUGGUCGCCUUCCGGACAUAUCAAAAAAUGUUCGCGAGCCGAACAUAGAAACGCUUGUAACGAGGAACACGAGCAUUCUUGUGAUGGUACUCAAAGACGAAACGGUUCAAGGUUUUGGAUUCGGAAUUGUGCCGAUUUUCUCGUUGAAAUUCGAUUUUUUCCCAACAGAGGCUUACCUCAAGCGGGAUUUCUCGGAGAUGAUUAUCAUAUCUUCGCCAGAUGGAAGAAAAUUAGACCAAAAAGUGGUCAAAAUGAACGCGCUAAAAGAAAAUAUGAGAGUCAUCCACAGAUACUGCACCUAUGUGUGUGCAGUAGAACUAACCAUCAUCUACUUGCAAUUGUGCAUGGAAGAAAUGCGAAAUACGUGGAACCACGGGCUGGGCCCACUAACUCAUCACAUCCCGCAUGAAAUGAGCAAUCAUUUCAUAAUGUUUUAUCUUUGGGGAAUAAAAAGCACCAAGUUGAUUGCCUUCCUCAAAAAUUAUCUUCCGUUGGAGCCCUACAAGAAAGUGUGUGCCGAUAUGGCGAACAAGUAUGUCCAGCUUCAGAAAUUGUCGAUGGUGAAUUUUAUGCAGGCUGCAGAUAAGCUCUAUGGGCUCAUCCAUACGGUGUCCUCUUUGUGUCGGCUUCCAAAGUUAUUCGAACUGCUCGCUCCUGACCAUGUGCUGAUUAACUUUGAGUACAUUGAAACUCGCGCUGCUGAACUCAUCUUGAAGAACACUAUGUUUCUUCGUGAAAUGGACGAUCUCUUCCGCUGCGCUGUGGCGUUUUCCUCCUGGAUAAUCGUUCAGUACGAGAGGCUCGAUCCGCCAGAAUCAGGAGAACUGUCCGAAGAUAACGAACACGACCAAGAUGAGGAGCUCAUUAUGAGAUUCCUGCAAGUGUAUGUCGCUUCGAAAAGAGACAACAUCAUGGAAUAUCUCAACUCAGAGCCGAUGCAUCCCAACGAGCAUGCAAAAAGAUGGGGAAUCUGCCUGGAGCGAAAAGAUGAUCCACAAGUGUCGCUUAAAACGGCUCUCGAUUAUGUCCGUCGUCUAUUUGUGAAAUACUGUUUCCGCGAAGACGACGACUCAUUUGGUUGUCCGAAGAGCAAAUUAUCGGAUGAACUGGAAUCUUCCAUUGGCGAUUUGCAACAGUUCGUUACGCACGAUGAUGCGCCAAUGGUAUUUGUGAGUUUGAAAGAAGCAAACUGGACAUAUCCUGUUUGCUGCACUCUUACACAGACGCACCUCAAUAUUCUCCGUUACGACGACAUGUGGCCGAGUGAUCUUGGUGAGGAGGAAGAAGGACGUCAUAUAGCAGAGGUGUACCGGCUCAAUUCAGAAUAUCGUGUGCUUGAUUUUGCUUUAUUUCUUUAUCAUGUGCGGGACCAAGUUGCAGAAGGGUUUGCACUAGAAGUUUCCGUCGAGGACGAAACGCAGCAACGCCUCACACACUACGAGUUCUCCUACGACGAGCGAGACGAACCUCCUCACGUGAAGUCCUUCAUUUCUCUUCACAACCACAACUUCUCCUCGCUCGAGCUCAGCGUGCGCCGGAGUCUCAUCGCUCUUCACAGUGCUGAGUCCAACAUCGUCAACGUCUAUCAGCUAAAGGACGACGGACAGAUCCUCGUGAAGAACUCGGUCGAAUCAGAAUCGAGCGAGUUCUGCGAUGAUGGAGUCACAGACGCGGAGCAAGAUCUUCCCGAAAAUUGCAGGACUCCUGAUAGUUGGAAAACCUGUCCGGAGUGGCACUGUGAUGUGAAAUGGCCGAUACAGAACCAAACCGAGCUUCUGUAUAUAAAACCUCAAGAAAUGGACACGGGCGGCCACGUUUGUAGAACCGACGAGCGAGAAAAUUUUUAUCCAAAGUCAGGCUAUCCGAACGGGAUUCCAGUCUCUGGCCAUCACACGCCAAAAUGGCCGAAAUACGGCGAAUACUACUGGGUUCCUCCGCUUCGAUAUGUUCAUGCUCUCGAGCAUGGUGCGAUUGUAUUCAUGUACCAUCCUUGCACAGACGAGCAGCAAGUGCGACGUCUUCGAAAAAUCGCCACAAGUUGCUUGUGGAAACAUCUUUUUUUCUCGUUCAAAGGCGAUUUAAAUGGCACUUAUCCGAUGGCUGCCGUAGCAUGGGGAAAUCUGGUGAAGAUUCCGCAGAUCAACGACAGCAACUCCGCCGCCAUCAAGAUCUGGAUCAAAGAACACGCAAAAGUUGGCGGAAACAAUGAAGGUCGCGUCUUUGGGAAUGGCGCAUACAGCCUCGCUUUGGUGAAAGAAGCUGGAAUAGUAACCGUCGAAGAGGACUCGGAAAUCUGCCCAGAAACAAUUGAUGAUCAGGCAGAGACAGUUAAGAAGGCUUUGGAGAUUUUGAAAAACAACGAGACUCCGCUCGAAGAAAUUCACAAAAUGAUCCAGGUUCCUGAAGCGCCAAUCGAAGUCUCCAACAUUACCGACAUCCUCGAGAAUAGCGCCCCGAUCGUUGAAACAAGUGCCAGCUCAACGGAAGCGACAGUGCAAGAGACAAGCUCCUCUCAGUCAGUUUUUGAAGCGCCGGAAAAUGCUCCUGAACCAAGUGUCAUCUAUCCAACAAAAGUUAAAAGUGGCGAAACGCAGCCACCGUUGACUCAGCUGACUGAUAAUGACAUGGGCGAAUAUGCACAAACUGAAGAUGAAUACUCCGAAGAGAAGAAUGCCGAAGAAACGUCAUUUCCGGAAAUCGGCACUGAAGGAGCCUUUAGCACAGUAAACGACGAUUUUACGACGACAGUUGACCCUUCCAGAGUCACGAAGAAAGAAUCGCUGCAGGACGAAGUAAAUCAAAGUGGUGAGCCGCUGUGGGCUUUUACGUCCUUGUUAAUCUUAGUAAUCGGGCUGGCCGUGGCGAUCCGGCGAUCGAAAAUGCUCAAUCGCAAGAGUCCGCGAAAGGCGUACCACAACGUCCAAGACAGCUGGUCGGACGACGAAGGGACCAUCUCUGUCGGAACGCUGGUGCGCGGUUUCCGGCGCAAAUCAAAAGACGAGCAGUCGUACUCCCUUCUCCAGACUCGCCAAGACGAACCCUGA